GUUUCGAAGGGCAUUUUAUGAUUGGUGGAGUUUCUUCCUGUGAAGUCCACGGGCAUCAAUUGAUUGUUAUGGAUUUUAUGUAAUUGCAAUAUUCCCCGCCUAAAGGUCACAAGCCUACCUAAGCAUUUCGUCAUGUUUGUUUUUCUUACUCCUUUCCCGGUAACAGACUGUUUAAGGGGCUGACAUCAUUCAAUCACAUGCAUUUUCUUAUCUUAGGUACGCUAUGAUCUAUCGAAACAAACAUGCCGCCCAAAGCUCAAUAAAUUGUGCAACAUAGUGCGGUUUUAGAGAAAACUAGUGUAUUAUUACUAAGUAACAAUGCAUAUAUUACCUGUACACUAUGUAUCAGACUUGCGAAACGACGUCAUGCCGCGAGACAAUGUCUUCAAGUGGAUGUUUUCAAGUGGAGAUGGAGCCUUAAUUGUCAAGCCACAACCAAACAACUACCUACUUCCAAAAGAGGAACCUACCCUAAACGGAUGAGGCUGAUGCUUUACGACAACUUACAACACUUGCACGCUUUCAUUGACACAUUUGCAGUUCGUUUGUAAAAGGACUCCUCUUGCAGCGUUACGGCACGCCAAUCUUCCAGCUUCCAGGUUAGCAAUGGCGGACGGCAGCAAAGAAGAAAGCAGAGAGGGGCAGAAGGAAAAACCGACAACCAAGGAGAAGCUGAUAGAAGAAAUCACCUCGCGCAUCGAAGAAUCCAAGAAGCUCCAAGAGGAGUCCGUACAACUCCACAAGCAGGCUGACGAAGCAGAAGAUCCCGACGUCGCCGAGGAUCUAAAGUUCCGCGCUCGGGAGCUCGACAUGAAAGCUGCCAAGCUGCUGAAGACAGCCAAGUGUCUUGAGUCUGGCUGGUUACAGGGUGGCGCGACUGGCGCCGGUAUAGGGGCCGGGAUUGCCGGAGGACUCGGCAUAACUGUCGGGUCCUUGGUCAGCGGUUUAGUAGCGAUUCCCACCACCGGCAUAGGCAUCUUAGUCGGUAUGGGCACGGGCUUGGUGCAUGGUCCUUGGGUCAAGUUCAGCGAGGCCUUUAGUAAGGACGAGGUUGACGAGAUUGAUAAGGAAGCUGAGGAAGAGGCUCGUCAGAUCGGCGGGGCUUAGGAUUAGUGGCAUUGGGGAUCUGGGGAAAGGUCUUGUGCGCUUUAAUGAGGGUAUAUUUAGAGCGAGUGCAGGUUUGGGUUUAACAUGAAUGGGUAUGAGGCUAUGCAAUAUUCUAUUUUUCUAGGCAAAGGGCGAUCAUUGGGUACAUUCUUGGGUACAUUCUUGGUUAUGAUGAUGUCUACGAAUGCGAUGAUACAUUAUGGUGGUGCUGAUCAGAGGAUACUUAUACUACAUCGGGGCAACCAUUUACUCGUCGACGGCUCAUGUGCUUCUCCAUAGUUAGCUUAGAUUAGUUAUUUCAUCAAGUUUCUUAAACACCUUAAGGUUAUAAGGUUCUUAUCCACAUAGACGCUAAGCACCGAGCCUGGACUUAAUAGGCUGUUCAUUGC